GCGAGGAAAGAAAAACACGCCAAUGUACGAGAAAAUCUUUAUUGUGAAGUUCAGGAUUUGCAAUUCAUUCUCCACUGUUGGUGACAAUUGAAAUAAAACCUAUGAAGCAGAGGUGUGUAAUGGCUCACAUUGAAAUGUCUGAGCAGAAGUUUCCCUUGAGUCGCUUUCGAACUGAAAACCAAAGUGCAACAACCGACCAAUCAGUUGUUGUGUUCCCGCCCAGCUGCCCUUCUGCUGCUACACAUAAGUUUCAGAUCGAAGGUUGUCUUCUCAAACUGGGCUGGACUUGUCGACAAGAUGCUCUUCAUAUAUUGUCUUUUCUUCUUCCUGCCGAGUGGAGGAUGUGAUCGAGACUUCUUGUCAAGCACCGUGGCUGCGGGGCAGGAUGUGACUAUCGAAUGCAACUGUCAGAGCAAGCCUGGAGACCUUUAUUGGACUCUACUGACAUCUGACAACCUUCCGAAAUUUUUAGUCUCGGCCGACUCGUACGGGACUCGUCCUUUCUACAAGCCUCCACGCAUCACUGCAGAACGUAGUCCACAGCAUUUUGAUCUGCAUAUCAGCAGAGUGGAAUUAGGGGACAGUGGAAUUUACUUCUGCACUGAGGUUAGGUCUUCUCAGAUGACAUUCCUCAAUGUGACAUUUCUGCAAGUCCAAGAGACACAACCUCCUGUCAUUGAUGUUGUUCAGCCAGAUCUGCCGACGUCGAAUCUUGAAUGUUCACUCUUCAGAAAUUCAAGGAACAAACCAUGCUCCGACAGAGAAUCCGUUUACUGGUUCAAGUCUGGGGAAGACGGAUCGCCGAGUUUACUCCUCGCUCAUGAUAACAGAGGGGCUAAAUGUGAGCCGAGCUCUCUGACCGGAUCGAGGAAAUGUUACUACACCAUGUCCAGAGAUGACAAGUGCUCUGACAAUGAUAAGGUCUACUGCGCGGUGGUUUCCUGCGGACACAUCUUUUUUGGUAAUGGGUCUGAAAUCAGAAAGAAAGAAGGAGAAAAGGGUGGCAGUUACUUCCAAAGGGCAAUGGAAGUUGCGCUUGGUGCUGCUCUUGCUGUUAGCGUAGGAGUCAUUGCUGUGUUGACAUGCAUCAUCAGGAAACAGAAGCGUGAUUUACUCACUUCUUCCUGUCUUCAAACCAGGUCCACCUGUGAUGAGCAGCAGCCGGAUACUUCCGAAUGUCUGGUUUAUGCUGUGCCAAGCUGCAGCAAGAGGAAAAGCGGGAGACAGGAAAGUUUUGGGAACAUGCAGGAAAAUGUGAUUUAUUCAGGGGUAAAAGUGACGAGAUAGAGUCCUCACGACUGGAGUCCCAUCACUCUUCUGAUGAUCCUGGACAUGCCCCACUGGAAUGUGCUUCCAAAGUAAAACAGUAAAGAAAAAGCAGGACCUACUGUUCAUUCAACAUGAGCUCAUACACCACUCAGGACCUACAUUGAACAAAAGGAUUUCAUCAAGAUUAACAGCUUGUCCACUGUCCUCACUUUCUUUCUGUUUCGGCUGAACGAGAAUGACAUGUGAAAGAAGCUCGGCCAUUCAAAGAAAACAGGACUUUGGAGCCCAUAGUGAACAACCCCACGAAAUCGGAUCUCAAUCUGGGCCAGGAAUGUUUUGCAUUCCAGUUCUCACUGUGUCGACCUCAGCUCUACCAGUGGACUGAAUGUCCAUUAAAGAUGGACAUCAAACUAUCAUCAGUGUCGAUGCUCUUCACAAGCCAAUGCAACAAACUGAUGUUUGCAUUCAACGUCUUAGAAUGAAAGGGAACAAGAUUUGUGUCAUGAAAUUUAUUUUUUAUUGUGUUAGAUGGCAAGUUCGACAUAAACUUCAAACAUGUAGACUUGAGAGUUGUGUUUGUAUGACUCAAAGUUUUCCUUGCUGAAGUUCUCUGACAAAUCCUCUGUAAUUCUA